AUGCCUGGGCCGGGGCGCCGGGCUGCGGCCGGCAGGAAGAUGAAGGGCUCGGCGGGAGGAAGGAGAGAGAAGCCGCUGGGCUCGCCCCCGGCACCGCCCGGCCCCGAUUCCGCAUGUGUCCAAGAUGGAGAGUGUGAGGCUGAGUUUUCACCUGAUGGCUUUGAAGAGAAACCAGAAAAAGAAAAGAAACAAACCAAUUUCACUUUGUGCAACGUGUGUAACAUUCAGCUGAAUUCGACUGCUCAAGCCCAAAUCCACUACAACGGCAAAUCACAUCAAAAGAGGUUAAAGCAGCUCAGCAACGGGAUGGUGAAAAACGACAAUGGAAGAAGAAUUACCUGGAGGAAGAAUUACCUGGGAUGA